AUGGGAUCAUGCCAAAGUUAGUGCAACUCGUUUACAAAUAAUUAAAUAGUUGAAGAAGAAGUGUAGUAUGGAAAAAAUUAAGCGAUACCCAAUGAUGUAUAAUCUCCUGAACUAAAUGAGUAGAAAAAAAAAUCUAUAGGGAAUAAUGUUUAUACUUAGCAGCAAUCUACUUAGAAUACUUCAGCUUCAAAUGUUAAUGGUAAACUUAACAGCUCACAAAGCAAAACCUAAAAUUCGACAAAAAAAGAAUAAAAUUAUGAAAGCGUAUAAUGUCCAGUCAAUCCAUUAAAUAAUAGUAGAGGCAGUGAAAUGAGAGGCAAUGAGAUAAAAUGGAAAAACAUUAAAUAAAGAGCCGUUUUAAAUAUUUUUUAUGGGACUACGCAAGGUACGACUAGUGAGUUAGCCACUUAAUUUGCAAGUGAAUGCGAAUAAAAUGGUUUUUAUGUAAGAGUAAUUCAUAUACAGACAUUUGAGCCUAAAAUGCUUAGAAAUUGCAAUUUAGUUAUCUUUUUUUUAGCUAGCUAUGGAAUUAUGGGUGGUCCUACAGAUGAUGCCCAGUAAUUUUAUUUGUGGCUAAAUAAUUUUGACAACUAGGGUAAACCUCUUUCCUCUUUAAAUUAUAGUAUUUUUGGCUUAUACAACUCUAAAAUGAAGAAAUUAACAGUUCAAACAAACGCAAAUCAUGAUACUGAAGUAGAUAGCACAAAUAAUAUUGAACCCAGUAGCUAUAUAAAUAAUAAUAUGAAUAGUUAGAGGUAAGAUAAUGAAGAAAUUGAAGCAAAUAUGAAUUAAAGCGUAAGGUUUUAAAAAGCCAUGAAUAAAAAAUAAACUAAAAUAAAAUCAAUGGGCUAGAGAAUAGAUAUGCUAUUCUAGGAAGUAGGCGCUAAGAGAUUUUACAAUUUUGUAUAGGUAGAUAGCUCUAAGGAUGAACUUUUAAAAGAAAGUUUUAAUUAGUUCAAAAAUGGUAUGAUAACUCUCCUUACAUAAAAAUUUGAGUUUCAAGAAAAGCCAGAGGAUGCUAUAUAUAACGAAGCCCUACUUUAUAAUUUGAACAUAUAUAUUUGCUCUAUAGAUAAAUUACCAAAAGGAGCAAAUAACCGAAAGGAACUUGAAUAAAUGUUUAAUAUUAAAAACGUACAAAGCAGAGGUCAAUAUGUAUUAAAAGAUGAGCUAUGGGACUAUUUCAAUUCAACAGAUGUUCCCAUUUUAAAAAUGCAAUAUCUUGUAUGUGAUGGUAUUAAGGAUACAAUUACUGUACAUUCAUACACUUAACAAAGUCAGAGUAAUGUUAUUGCGCAUGCCUCUAGAUAAGGAAUUAGCUCUAAGCUAUUCAAUUAACAACACUAAUACAUGCUCAUUGACCUUGAUGUUUCCAAGUUACCAUCUCCUCCUGGUAAACCUAAAUUCGAAACAGGAGGAUUAAUUCAAAUUUAUCCUUAAAACGAUGACGCUAGCAUAAAAAGACUUUGCGAAUUUUUAGGACUAAAUGAAAAUGCUGUCAUUAGUUUAUCAAUCAAAGAAUAAAGCUACAACCCAUGCAAUAUCACUGUUUCUGAAUUAAAAUAUCCUAUCCCGUUCCCUAUAACAGUGAAAUAAUAUAUGAAAGAAUAUCUUGAUAUUCAUGGUAAACUUGACAAAAAUUAAGUCUUUGAGUUAGCAAAUUUUGCUAGCGAUUAAGUUGACAAAGAAACACUAAAUAAUAUCUGCAAAUUUAGUGAAAGAGAAAGGUUCGAUAAGGAAAUAUAUGAGCAAGAAUAACACUCGUUAUUAUCUCUCAUUAUUAAUUAUAACAUCAAAGUUCCAUUUCAUAUUCUCUUUGGACUUGGUAAUUUAAUAAAACCAAGAACUUUCAUAAUCAGUUCAAGCUUUUUACAAAAUCCAAAUAUAAUACAAUUAACCGUAAGAAUUCAUCUACGUAACAUUCCUAAACUUAAUGACGAAAUAACAGAGAAUUUUUAGGCAUCAUCAAAUAGAUUAAGGAAAUCAGAAGUAUAGGAAGAGGAAAUAGCAAAAUCUAGACAUAAUUCAUUAGCUAAAGUAUCUAAUCCUAUGGAAACCAGAAGCCUUGGGUUGAUUUCAAAUUAUUUUUUAGAUCUUUAUUAAGAAAUUCAAAAAUAAAAACCAUAAGAAGUAAGAAUUAAAAGCAGUCCAAACCCUUUUUAAUUACCGCUAAACGAAAUAAAUAUUCGUGUUGUACUAAUAUGUAUUGAUGAAGGUAUAGGAUUUUUUAGAUCAUACUUGUAAGAAAUAAGAUAAGUAAACAAUUGCCAUAAUCAUGAAAUAUAUUUGUAUUAUGGAUCUCGCUUACUUUAAAAUAAUGAGUAUCUUUAUCAAAAUGAACUCUAAGAAUUCGAGAAAGAAGGAAUACUAAAAAAAUUAGAAGUUGCUCUAACAACAUCAAAUAACAUGGAAAUUUCUUCUAGAGAUAACAAAAGCGAAAAAAUUUAAUUAGAAAGUGUUUCUAUCAGUAACAUAUCAACUAAAAAUAAUACUUCUUCAAUUCAACUUCUCCUUGAAAGCUAGUUGGAUCAAUUUUCUUAACUAAUAGAGCACAUAGAUGAAAAAGAAUCAAAUGUUAAAAUAUAUAUUUCAGGAUCUUAGCUAAUGAGCCAAGGAAUAUUAGGAGCAAUAGCUAAAUCAUAUUGCUAAAAUAAAAAAGUGAGUUAAUAUGCUGCUUUCAACACAGUUCUAAAUCUUGAAAAUGAUGGAAAAAUAGUCAGAAUUAUAUGGGAAUCUUGA